AUGUCCGGAUGCAAAGGUGGCAAGGAGGAGCCCCUAAGGAAGCCUAAGAAGCAGACCAAGGAGAUGGAUGAUUAGGCAUUCAAGCAGAAAGAGAGAAGAGCAGAAGCGGAGGAGAAAGAGGAGAAGAAACUGGGGGAGCUGAAAGCAAAGGUCAUGCAGAAGGGCCCCCUGGCCACAGGUAGAAUUAAGAAAUCUAGCAAAAAAGUUUACACUUGUUCAGCUUGGCUAAACUUUAGACAGGUGACAGCCAGUCUCUAA